AAGAAGAGCAUCUAAUACUUAAUUAACCAAGAUAAUUAAUUAAGUUCAUCCCUUCCCCAGCGCUGAGACCUGACACAACUAAAUGCACAAGCUGGAGCUGACAAAACCCAGACAAUUGGAUCCCCGAGCGGGUCCCAAACAGCCUCUCAAGUCCCACUGAGCCCUUUGCCCCAUUUAAUAUGAGAUAUUUGGGAAUUACUAAUUGCGGAAGCUCCCAAACAGCAGCCAAACAGGUUCUGUCUGUACCGCCUGACAUGCUGGAGUUUCCCGGCAGCGCCUGGCUGUUUAAAAGAAAAAAAAUGGCAAGGAGUUAAAAAAAGAAUAAAAUAUUAAAUAGUCAAAUGCUGGAGGACAUGGAGCAGAUGGAGCAAUAAAUUCCCAGAUUAUCAGGCCAUCAAGCAUAUUUUUUGCUUCGUUUUAUAUUAAAAAGAAGAUGACAGCAAUCCUGCUGGAAAAGUAAUUUCUUGCAAAAAGUGCUGUUUGCUGGCGGCUCUGACAGCCCUUACGCCAAAGCCAUGAAGGGACAGAUCACCCUGUCCCAGCUUUGUUCGGAGGUGGAAGAGGGCUGCCGGCAGCACGCCUCUGCAUCAGGCAUCACCCUGCCAGCCACCUUCUCCAUCUCCCGCAUCUUCGAGGAGAUGGCAGCCAAGGGGACGAUCAACACCCCCCUGCUGCAGGCGGCCAGGGUGCUGCGGAGGAACGGGUUUAAAACCUGCGUCCUCACCAACAACUGGGUGGACGACAGCGCCGGGCGGCUCUUCACGGCCACGCUGAUGAACACGCUGCACCGGCACUUCGACCUGGUGAUCGAGUCCUGCCGCCUCGGCCUGCAGAAACCGGAUCCCCAGAUCUACACCUACGCCCUGGGCGCUCUGCAGGUGAAACCGCAGGAGGCCAUCUUCCUGGAUGACAUUGGGGAGAACCUGCGGCCGGCUCGGGAAAUGGGCAUGGCCACCAUCCUCGUCAGGGACACCGACACCGUCCUGAAGGAGCUGGAGCAGCUCUCGGGUGUCCAGCUUCUCGGCCAAGAAGAGCCGCUGCCGACCGCAUGUGACCCGUCCAACGUCACCCACGGCUACGUGUCCAUCCGGCCCGGCGUCCAGCUGCACUUUAUGGAGAUGGGACACGGCCCUGUCAUCUGCCUGUGCCACGGCUUCCCCGAGACAUGGCUCUCCUGGCGCUACCAGAUCCCUGCGCUGGCCGAUGCCGGAUUCAGGGUGAUCGCUCUGGAGAUGAAGGGCUAUGGGGAAUCCACGGCCCCGCCGGAUAUACAAGAAUAUUCGCAGGAGCAGAUCUGCAAGGACCUGGUGGUUUUCCUGGACAAACUGGGCAUCCCGCAGGCCGUGCUGCUGGGUCACGACUGGGGCGGCAUGGUGGUGUGGAACAUGGCUCUGUUCUACCCCGAGAGGGUCAGAGCCGUGGCCUCGCUCAACACGCCGUACCGCCCCGCCGACCCCACCAGCGACAUCGUGGAGAAGAUGAAGGCCGUCCCCACCUUGGAAUACCAGUUCUACUUCCAGGAGCCGGGUAUUGCAGAAGCGGAGCUGGAGAAGGACAUUGGCCGGACACUGAAGGUGCUGAUCCGCUCACAACGCCAGGAGGACCGGUUGUCCUCUAAGAUCAAAUUCCACGAGGUCUGGAAGCGAGGGGGGUUGCUGGCGGGCUUCCCAGAAGACCCCCCCGCCAGCCCCAUCCUGUGCGGCCCCGAGCUGCAAUAUUACAUCCAGCGCUUCCAGAAAUCCGGCUUCAGAGGCCCCUUGAACUGGUACCGCAACAUACGACCCAACUGGCACUGGGCGCUCUCUGCCAGGGACAGGAAGAUCACAAUGCCAGCGCUGAUGGUCACGGCUGGGAAGGACAUGGUGCUGCACCCCAAAAUGAGCGAGGGCAUGGAGCAGUGGAUCCCGCAGCUGCGCCGGGGGCACAUCGAGGAGUGUGGGCACUGGACACAGAUGGAGAGGCCGGUGGCGCUGAACAGGAUCCUGCUGGAGUGGCUGGAGGGGCUCCCCCCGCCCUCCCCCAUGCCCAAGAUCUCCAAGCUGUGAGCGGGCAGAGCCUGUGCCUUCCCGCCCCCGGAUGAUGCUGCGUUUUAGUGUUCCAUUUUACCUCUAGGGCUUGAUUUUUGCCUUUGCUUGGUUUGGUGUUUGGAUGGGUGGAAGGGCUCGGGGAGCCGGGACUGGGGUGGCACAGGGGACUCUGUUUCGUGCAGGGUCCCCAUGAGCUCUCACGGAGGUCCUGGGAGAUAAUUUGGGGCUUGACCCAUCCUUGGGGCUGCCCCAUCACCCCGACCCCAUCCCAGGGGCUCCCUUGGCUCAGGGGGUGGCUGGAGGGUCCCAGGUUGUGGCCGCGUGGUUGGUUUUGGUGUGGAGGUUUUAAUGUAUAAUUAAUGCUGCCUGAGAAAUCACCUUUUGCCUUAUCACGGUAAGAAAUAAAGCACAAAGUGACCCAA